CAACUUCAUGUCAUAAAGUCAUUUAUUGUCUUUAGUUUUAUUUUGCACUAGAUCGAAAAUACACCUAAUUGGAAGAACUUCUGACAAUUUUUCACAGCAAAAAACUUUUGAACAAAUUCCAACGAAAAAAAAGGAAUUCAUAAAGCAGAGAUACAAAAAAACUAUUGUGAACUAUUGAACACUGAAGAACAAUCAGGCAUAAACAUGAACGGAUUUUUCACCGAAGAAGGCAUUGCAAUUAAGACCAUUUACAUACCAAACUUAACAAUCAGUGUUUCCAAAGAAAUACUGUGCAGAUAUUUUUCGCAAUUUGGGGCCGUUUACCAUGCAAAAGUCAUGUCCGAACCAUUGAAAUUUUAUGAUCUUAUGAAAAAUUUAGAUGCGGGUCGACCCAGUACCUCUGCUGUAAAUCAUCUUCCACCGGACAAAUACUAUGCAUACGUGACAUUCGUAAAUGAACUUGGAGCGGCAGAUGCAUUACGUAGAUAUCCGCACCAUAUUGAAGGUGUUGAAAUUGAGGUGGAACAAGCAUUUACUUGGAAUCAACCACAAAAAGACGUGGAACAAUAUUUAGCUGCCAAUGCACAGCCGUCAUCAUCGAAAAAGGAGAGCAUGUAUGAACAAAUGUGUACAGCUUUAGAUGAUGAUUGUAUUCAUGAAAUUCUUGGCUAUUUGAAUGUGUUCGAAUUGGAAGAAAUGUCAAAGUAUAACCAACGACUUCAUGGUCUUGCCAAACAAAUAAAUGUAUUGAACAUAUGUCGUUCAUCGGUCGACAAAAUAAUCACACUGAUGCAAUUGCGUGGCAUUUUGAAACUUCGUGGUUUUGGUCAUUCGGUUAAAGAUUUAACGAUAUCGAAAAAAUCUUUCAAUGCACUUUCCCAACGGUAUAUAUGUUCAAGAUUAUUCCAAUACAUUGGUCCACAAAUUCGAAAACUGACGCUAAUGUCGUUUGGUGUGACCACCGCACAAUUUGAACAAAUGAAGCCAUUACUCCGUUGUCUCGACUAUCUCGACAUCGAUUUGGAAAUGAAUUUCAAUUAUGCUUGUUUCAAAUCGAUUUGGCUAGUAUUGGAAGAGUUACGAAUUCGAUCAAAUGGAAAUAUAGACAUAAGUAGUGGCGAACUACCGAAUGCUCUGAAGGUUCCUGAAUUUCAUAAAUUGAAAAAAUUAUUGAUUGAAACAAGUUAUCGUUUGCAUGCAAAUCUCUUUAAAAAUUGGCAUAACAUAUGCCCCACACUAACUCAAAUAAUUAUUCUCAAUGAAGAUGAUUAUUACAGCCAACGGUCACAGAUGGCACAAAAUACCACCGAUUUGGCAAAUAUAUCGCAAUUCACCGAAUUAAAAAAACUGCAUUUAUCAUUUAGUCGAACAUAUUUCAUCGUGAAACUCAUUGAUGAGAUCAGCAAAAUUGAAAAAUUGGAACACUUUACAUUGGACAUUGUUCAUCCACAUGAUCGACCGAGAGAGGAUCAUAUCUUUGCUGAAUUCAAUCAUAACUUACAUUAUCUUGGUGUAAAGUUGCCAGAAUUAAGGGAGAUUCGUUUCUCGUCUAUACCGUUAGACGUGAACAGAGUCAUUGACCUAAUCAAACACGCACCAAGGCUUGAGAAACUUACUAUUUUCGAAGGUUGCUUUACUUUUGAUGUAGACUUCAUUCGGAAUAUUGUUAAAACACGCAGAACUGUCUUUGAAAAUCGACCACUAAUUCAAUUGAAACUUACUGUCGCUGAAUUUAACGAUGAGGCUAUUCUAAACGCCCUAAUGGAAGAAGAAGUUAUGCGAUAUUUAACCGUAGUUCGUGCCAGCAAAAAUGUUAUAAACAAAGAUUACACUCACAAGGAAGACACUGGUGUUCGAGCAUUGGUGCGAAAUGCACACUAUAGACGCAUACGUUUCGGUAAUGACCCACGUGAACGUGACCCAUUUCGUCUCCGAAAUCGACUUUUCCUAUUUCGACCAUGAAAAGAGAUUUUGGCGGAAAUUUCUGGUUUUAAGAAUGUCAACCUGAAGACGAUGAAAUGAUAAGAGACAAUAUUGGUCCAAUUUUACAAAACCUUUUCACAAAAAAAAAAAAAUUCAACAACAUUACCCAAACGAUCUCCGUGCAAAUUCAAUAAGAUUUUUUUUCCUACGUAAACAUAUAAGUAAUUUAAACAUUUAGAUAAAGAAAAACAUUUAUAUUUCAAAUUGAAUUCGUUAAAACACAAAGCAAUUUUGAAUUGGAUUGAACCACAA